UCACUGCGAUAUAGCUCUUAUUUUUUUUACAAUAUUUUUCACCACAACCAAUUUCCAAGGUUUAAAAUAGUUAACACGGGAUAUAUGACACACAAUGGAUGCUUCAUAUACCAAUUUUAGCUGUGCGUUUGUUCUCUGACAAAAAGAAAAGAGGCGGAAAAAACGAAGGAACACAGUGAACGCGUUGUUAUUAGCCUGCUAGCAAAGUUAGCAUCUAAGCUAACUAUCUGAAAAGCGUUUGUUCUGAACGUGUUUGGUUUUGUCUUUAUUGCGCACAUCCAUUCCCGGCUCGGCUUUGUGGCUCUAUCGGCUCCCGUGUUGAGCUUUUUCGCCGGAGAUGAGCGCAAGAUGUCGGUUUCGGGACUGAAGGCCGAGCUGAAGUUUCUCGAGUCCAUUUUUGAUCCGAAUCACGAACGCUUCAGGAUCAUCGACUGGAAACCGGAUGAACUGAGCUGCCAGUUUAACGUUACCGGAGACAAACUGCUCAUUAUACAUUGCAAUAUCACGGAAUCCUAUCCUUCAACACCCCCGAUAUGGUUUGUGGACUCCGAUGACCCAAGUCUGACACAAAUAUUAGAACGACUUGAGGAUGUAAGAAAAGGCAAUACGCUGCUCCUGCAGCAGCUGAAGAGGCUGAUCUGUGACCUGUGUAGGUUGUAUAAUCUACCUCAGCAUCCUGAUGUAGAGAUGCUUGAUCAGCCACUCCCUGCUGGCCCUGUCAACCAAGAUAAAAAGCAUGGUACCACAGAUGAGGUGACUUCUGAAGAGGAAGAGGAAGAAGAGAUGGGAGAGGAUAUAGAAGAGCUGGAUCAUUAUGACAUGAAAGAAGAAGAGCCUGUGGAUGGAAAGAAGUCCGAGGAUGAUGGGAUUGAGAAAGAGAACCUGGCUAUCCUCGAGAAGAUCCGCAAGAACCAGAGGCAGGACCACUUGAACGUAAGUGCUUAUUCGGGAGCAGUAUCAGGCUCUGUCCAAGCGUCUGAUCGUCUAAUGAAGGAACUUCGAGAAAUCUAUCGAUCUCAGAGUUAUAAAACAGGCAUCUAUUCGGUGGAGCUGGUUAAUGACAGCCUAUACGAGUGGCACGUCAAGCUUAGAACGGUUGAUCCAGACAGUCCUCUCCACAGUGACCUUCAAGUGUUGAAAGAGAAGGAGGGCAUGGACUACAUCCUUCUAAAUUUCUCAUACAAAGACAACUUUCCCUUUGAUCCACCAUUUGUACGAGUAGUGUCUCCUGUCCUGUCUGGAGGUUAUGUUCUGGGAGGAGGAGCCUUGUGCAUGGAGCUACUCACCAAGCAGGGCUGGAGCAGUGCCUAUUCCAUCGAGUCGGUCAUCAUGCAGAUUAAUGCCACUUUGGUCAAAGGAAAAGCCAGAGUGCAGUUCGGAGCCAAUAAGAACCAGUACAAUCUUGCCAGAGCGCAACAAUCAUAUAAAUCACUUGUGCAAAUCCACGAAAAGAAUGGCUGGUACACACCACCCAAAGAAGAUGGAUAAAAAAAGACAUCUCCAUUCAAACUGGGACAGAAUGUCUUAGUCAGCAGCAGUUUUUCACCUCCACCCCUCCCCCACAUCAUUUUCUUGCACUUGAAGAGUGUUUAUUCUCCAUGUCUGGAUUAUGUCUUUUAAACCUGGUGGAAUUGAAGAGUUAACGGGUAAAACGUAUUACUUUAUCCACCACCUUGUCUAUAUAGCGUCUCUCUGCUCAUCGUCUCCUGUUAGCUCUUCAUUUCCUGGUUUACUCCUGCUUUCUGGCUAUUUGGUUGACAGAGUGGAAUUAAAUACAGCAGGUUUUUUCUUUGUUUUGUUUUUUUUCCUUUUUUUUUUAUAUCAUUUUCUAUGAGAUGAUGCUAGUGGCUUUACUCAUGGUUAGAUGUCCGUUCUUCUGUGGGAACCACCAUAAAUGCCAAGAUUCCUCCAGAUUUUUGGAUGUUUAGGUCACAGCUCAAAACGCAAACCCAAAUUAUGGGUCAGAACAUGAACUGCAAUGUUAUGGAGACAAGAAAAUUCUGAGAAGACUCGGGCAUCAUCUGAAAUUGUGAUUAACCCUUUGCAAUGAUGGAGGCUAAAUACCAUCACCACUCCAUCUUUGUGUUGUCUUUUCUGGUCGCACACUGAAACCAUCACCAGGCACGCUGGACUUAAUCACUGUAAUGUUGUCAAAUUGAUUUUCACCUGUACGAUUUUCCGUCUGUAACUUAAAACUGCAUAGCAGAGAUUGAACCGCAUUUCAGACAGGACUGGAUUGCUUUGGAAACAAAAUGCCUGCAUUGAGCGGAACAUCCUUCUAAAGAUUUAUCGUGCAAAUAGAUUAAGGAAAAAUGACUGGAUAUCGUCGAGUCGACUAAAAUGGAAUACCUUAAACAUGUUUUUACGUACACAUUGACUACUGUUUUCCCCCCUGUGAGAAUGAAAGCUGUAUGGGACUUUCUCGUUAACUACAGUGGUAAGCAUUCCUCUUUAACCAGUGUGAUUCCUGCUGUGUUUAUUAUUACAUCAACACCUUUAUGUUAAUCUGAUUUUUUUUCAAUCCUUUUUGUGUAAUCUGGCACAUAGUAAUGUUAAAGUGUUAAACAGUUCAUGGUAAUAAGACUACACAAACCUCAAAGUUCUGCCAUAAAAUAAUUAAGGCUUGUUUAGAAUCACUUGCCAGUACUUUCAAAGUUUAAAACCACUCUUAUUAUAUAGGGUGAUUUAAAACAAUCUUUAUUGCCUUAAAAUGACCCCCUCUAAAAUUGAUGUCUAUAUAACCUGGGGAUUUUUUCAUUCUACUCUAUUCUACAAAUCCACAUCUUCAGCCUUCCUUGGUUUGUGUUAUAUUUUAAGAGGGUCAAGCUAAUUAGUACAUGUGAACUUCAUGAGCACAUUGGUCAUUUCAUUCAUCUUGAGUAUCUGGCUCAUUUAUCUCUGAGGUGUAAAUGAAACUAAUUAAUACCAAUUCGAAACACUUCAGACCCAGAAUUUAAAAAUAAUGCAAUAUAAUAAUGGCUCUGGUGCAUGUUUACCUGUAGUCACAGCUGUUGGUUCAUGUUUGGAUAAUUUUUAUAUUUAUUAUUUCCUCAGCCUAGACAUUAUUUGAGAACUGCUUGUGUAUUGGCUUAAAUCGUUCACCCUAUAAUCUGUGGGCGAAAGCUUUAGGGCUAGAAAAUGUUCUUUUGCAGUAACAUAUCUGUAAAUGUCUUUAAACCCAAAUGUCUCCAAAUCCCAAAUGUUACACACUACAGCUUUAAAAACAUCGUUUUUAAUAUGCCAAAGCUCAAAAUGAGAUACAUUGUUAAAUGGGUGAAGAUUUGUUUGACUCGAGAUACAUAGAUGUAUGAAAUGACCUAUUGUGCAUAGUGCAUGGGGUCCAUAAGUUCCUGCUCUUUUAAUGGAUUAUGGCGGAUGGAUCAGGGAUACAGUGAUGUAAUAUUUAGUAUUAUUGUCUCAGUCUUAACUGGUGUGUUUUGGUAUUAAUUUAAUACUUUCUGAACAGACACAACAAAGAUCAGACGUUUAAACACAAACUGUCCUUAAGCCUGCCACAAUCACCUUUUUGAUUUUGCAGUCAUCCCCAUACUGUGAGAAUAUCAUUGGGAUUAGUAUCAAGUAUUUCACAGAGCCCUUAAAAUUGGUUUAUAAGUCUAACAACAGUAAUGUGUUUACCACACUGAAGGUUUAAGCCCUGUUGAUGGAACAGCCAUUGUAAUUAAAACUCAAAACAGCAUAAUUGGCUCUUUCACAGAAGGCUGUGAGCCCGUUUUCAGUAUGGGGCAGAAAGUAUCCCAAUCCAAGUGACACUGCAUAUAGUAUAAUAUUGGAAUUUUCCUUUUUUAGAUUCUAAAUUGUUAACCCUUGGUUUAAGUGCAGUAAGGCUACAUUCACAUUGAUGUUUUGAGCAUUCAUCAGCACAGAGCCCAGCAACAUUAUAGAUUUUUUACACCGUACCAGUCGAGAUUGCUUUAAGUUCUUAGAUUAUUAGAUUUUGUGUGCUGGAUGCUGCCUUUUUUUUUUUUUUGGCCAACACUGAUAUGACACUUUUUCAGGUCAUGACUAAGUCUAUUUAUUUUCCAUUACAGCUUAAAAAAUAAUCGUCCACUGAUAGUCAUCUGUUAAAAGCUAACAUGUUACCACAUUAAUGUGUCUAAUUUAGGUCACUCAAAAUGUCCUCGUGAAUGCAGACCUACUUCAGUUUGCCAGGGUUUAGUAUGUCCUCAACCUGAAGACUUUAGCCUAUAUUAACUCAUGCAGGUUAAUACUGGGGUGGCCCAAACAUGUUAACUUAAUAUAGUAACUAAAGUGCUGUAGGUUUGCACAGUUUUGUCUCCUCCUUUUUUUCUUUUUUAAAUCUAAAUGUUUCCCAAUUCUAGUUGCUUUCAUUGUUUUUAUGGUAACCCUCAUUUACUGUUCCAAAGUCUAAAAAGAGUUUGAUCCUCAUUUAUCAUUUUGGAACGUAAAGAUUGUUGGAUAUUAUUGAACUCCUGGGCUGCGUUUCUGUCUGUUGAAGGGUGAGUUGGUUUGACGUCUCACCACAGUCUCUCAGACAAGUUUGCUCAUGUUUUUCUGGGUGUGUUCUGAACUCCAGCAGCAGGUGAUGGUUGGCUUAAAACAUAUACAAUACAAUAAAACCACAUUACAACACGCUGUGCUGUUUCUCAUUAAAGCAGAUUAGUUGUGGCAUCUUUCAAACCUCUUGUAACUAAACGGAAAUGCUUAUUCGCUUUAUUGAUGAUCACUGUGGUUUAAAGUGACUGGUACACAAGGAGCAUUUAGUAACGGCAACAUGCGAUCCACUAAAAUCAUGACCCUGUCAAAUGGAGAAGAAUUUACACAAAUCCAGAGGGAUUGGUUGUCGUUAUUGGGUGUAAAUUCAAAUUGUAAUCAUUUGAACUUUUGAUUAAAUCUCUGAGCAGUUUUCAAUUAGUUUUGUUAGUUGAUGAAGGGGUUAUGCACUGUUAGCAUGCAUUGGUUUUAUUUUGCUUUUUUCUUUCCAUUGUGUAAUUUUGACCAUGUACAGUACAAUUUGUAAACUUGCAUCAAGUUUAUGAAUAAAGAAUUUUAAGAAAUA